UGGCCCUAAACUGAGACAGGAGACGUUCAGAUUAGACAUUAGAGAAAUAUUUUUCACCGUUCGGAUAGUCAAGGGCUGGAAUAGAUUUGCCAGGGAGGUGGCGAAGUCGCUAUCCCUGGAGGCGUGUGAAUGAAGCGCUGGAUGAUGUGGUUUAGAGACUACUGUGUCAGUGCCGAGUGCACGGUUGGUCUGGAUAAUCGUAAAGGUCUCUUCCCUCCUUGCUGAGUGUGUGAUCCUCUCACUCUACGAUUCCAAGCAGGCGGCGCUGUGGCGGGCGGGCGGGCGGCGGCGCCGCGCCUGCGCCGGCGGGAGAGCGGCCGCUUCCUGCGCGGUGCCCGGCGCUGCUCGGCACUGGCAUGGCGUUCCUGAUGGAGAUCAGGCGGGGGACGCAGAGCGCGCUGCUGGUUAUCCGCGCGGCGGCGGAGCUCCCCAGCGCGCCGGUGGAGGUUUCGGUGUGCGCGGAUUCCCUGGAAGUGAGGAGCGCCGGGAGCUGCGAUGCGGCGGCGCUGCCGGCAGGGGUCAGCCUGGCGCCGUCCUCGUGCCGCGGGCUGCGGCGCCUGCGCGGGGACGGGCUGCACCUGCGCGUGCGCCUGCGCCGCCCGCCGCCCGGCGCCGAUGUGGUUUUUACUUUGAGGGAAAGCCUGAAACCCAACAAGAAUUACAUCUUUUACUGUCAGUCCUGUGGUGACAUCGUAGCGAAAGACCGGAAAUUUCUCAGAGUUCUUCCUCUGCCGAGUGAAAACUGGAGUGAUUUAGUUGAAGAGUGGUGUUGUCACCCUGACCCCUUUUCCAGAAGCACUUUGCACCCUCAGCAUGGUGACUGUUUUGUUGGAGACAAUUUUUUUCUGUUGAAUUCAGGAGAUGAAUCACAUCUGCCUGCAUCUCCCCUGUGCUGCUCAGAGGCUGGACACUAUGUUUCACAUAGUGGCUCCAACUUGAAGUCAAAAGAAAAUACCAGAGUAAUUUGUAAGCGCUGCAAGACAAUGCUGGGAGAAACAGUUUCAUCAGAUACCAUUAAAUAUUAUGUCACUGAGGUGAUUAUUCAACCGGCUGAGGGAAGUUUCAGUCCAAUACCAAGGUCUCAGUUUGUACAGAGCAUGGUUGCUCAGUGUCUUUUGGAAUUAUCAUCUGCUAAAAGCACAUUUAGAUUCACCAUAAAAGGAGAUAAUGGAAAAACCUAUAUUCUGAUAUGGCUUUUAAAUUCUGACACCUUGCUGGUAGAGUCUUUAGGAAGUUCCUCCUCCCACAGUGAUUUUACACUCUUUGGAGAUAUCCUCACACCUACCUCUGGACCAGUGGGAACCUGGAAUGCUGUCAAAGUCCUUUACCAGCCAUGCAUUCAAUGCAGAAAUAAGGAGCUUGCUGAUGCAUGGGAAAAUGAUAUGGGAGUUCAUCCUUUAAAGUUUCCAUCAGAAACAUGUUUGGAAUUACUGUUGGUACUGGGUUUGAGUACUGCAUCUCUGCCACCUUCACUUCGAUACAUGAACUGUUUUCAGGUUGCCUUUUUGAAGAUGUGAAGAACAAAGGUACCUGUGUUGAAAACUAUUGUUAGAUUUAUUUUCAGUAGAAAUGUGUACAGUUAACUUCCAACGGUGGAACUUCUAGAAGAAAAUCUCCACGAAAUACAAAAGAA